AUGACUAUGGGCACAAUUAGGCUCCCAGUGGUAGCUGGCGGAGUUACUAGGAUCGUCAAGUUCUGUGUCACCGAUCACCCGGCAAUCUACAAUGUGAUUAUGGGAACUCCAUGGAUCAACGCAAUGAGGGCGGUCCCUUCGACCUAUCAUCUCUGCCUCAAAUUCCCGACUCUAGCAGGCAUCAAAACAAUCUGGGGAAACCAGAAGGAGUCGCGAAUGUGUUGUUUGGCGGAACACAAGUUGAGGAACCCUGUCACCGACACACGAGCAGACGUCGAUCGCAAAAAAAUCGCGGAGAGCCGCAAAAAGCGCGCCGAGCCGAUAUGUGAUGCGGUGGACUCGGUGUGCAUAGACGAAGCGUGUCCAGAACGACGCGUCGAUAUCGGAUCUAAGCUAGAAGAGCCUCUGAGAAGCGAGCUUCUCUCCCUCCUCAAGGAAAAUAUCAACUCUUUUGCCUGGACGGCGGAGGAUAUGCCAGGCAUAAGCAUCGACGUGACCUGUCACAAACUGAAUGUAGACCCAACCUUCAAACCAAUCAAGCAAAAAAGAAGGAAGCUCGGACCCGAACGAGCUAAAGCAGUUAACGACGAAGUGGAGAGAUUACUCAAAGUAGGAUCAAUCGCCGAGGACAAAUACCCGGACUGGCUCGCGAACCCGGUGGUUGUGAAGAAGAAAAGCGGCAAGUGGCGGAAAUUCGAGUGGGACGAGCGAUGCGAAGCAGCUUUCCAGAAAUUGAAGAGUUAUCUGGCAAGCCCGCCGAUCUUGGCGAAACCAGUUGUAGGAGAGCCCCUCUUCCUCUACAUCGCCGUAUCUGCUACAGCUGUGAGCAGGGUGCUGAUAAGAGAAGAGCGAUCCGAGCAAAAACCCAUUUUCUAUGUCAGCCAGACACUGACCAACGCCGAGACCCGUUACCCCCAGAUCGAGAAAGUCGCCCUAGCCGUCAUAGUAUCGGCUCGCAAGCUGCGUCCGUAUUUUCAAUCACAUUCGAUUAUUGUGCUCGCUACACUUCCGCUACGCUCGAUCCUGCACAGCCCGAGCCAAUCCGGGCGGCUCGCCAAAUUGACCAUAGAUUUGAGCGAGUACGACAUCGAGUAUCGGAACAUGUCGUUUGCAAAAUCACAGGUGCUCGCAGAUUUUCUCAUCGAACUUCCUGCCAAGGCGACAUACGAGUCAACCCCAGACGAAGUAUGGAUUCUUCACGUCGACGGCUCGUCAUCUAAACACGGCUCGGGAAUGAAAAUCCAUCUCACCUCUCCCACCGGAGAAAUAUUGGAGCAGUCUUUUCGCCUGAACUUCCAUGCCUCGAACAACGAAGCAGAAUACGAAGCGCUGAUCGCCGGCAUACGACUAGUGCAGGGAAUCGGAGUUCGAAAGAUAAGAACCUUUUGCGAUUCACAGCUCGUAUCAUGUCAAUUCAACGGGGAGUACGAGGCAAAGGACGGACGAAUGGGAGCUUACCUCAAAGUGGUCCGAGAGUUUGUGCAAAAAUUCGACGAGUUCGAGCUCACACGAAUACACCGAGAUGAAAACACCUCGGCUGACGCCUUGGCAGCACUUGCUUCGACUUCAGACCCGGAUCUCCGAUGGACAAUUCCAGUCGAAUUCAUCGAACGUCCUAGCACGAAGAGGUAG